CACCGAACAAGUUAAUAUACACAUCCACCUUGACAACUGAAUAUGUUCCGCAACGCUAUCUCUCAGACUUCUCGGGCUACUCUCGCUGGCUCGCGUCAGCUGCAUUCCUCUCCUGUUGCGUACAAGUCGGUGACGGAGAAGGUCAAGGAGGUCGGAGAUAAGGUCAACAAGAGCCUCGGUAAAGGUCUAGCAGGAGCCAUUGAGAAGGGCGAGAAGGCCACUGAGGCGACGAAAGAGACCCUCGGCACAACCGCCGAGCAGGCAAAGCAGAAGACGAGCGAGGCUUCGACAGUAGCCGGCCAGAAGGCCAACGAGACCGCUGCGAAGGCUCGUGAAGGCAAAGACGACACCAACGAGGCAUUCAAGCACUAAUGGACCCAUCAAUCUUUGUAGCAUAGCGAAAUUUUGGACACUCUGUAAUCACU